UGGCGUCAAUCUAGUCCGAGAGCGACUUUCAGCACUGCAGGGACUACUACUCUACUCUGUUGGGACUUUUUUUUCGGAGCACUUGUUUUUUUGCUUCCUGCGAGUCUCUCUUUGUUUUUGUGGGAAUACAAGCUGCCCGCUCAUAACUGUCUCCUCUUCUCAUCACUGUCCAGAUCGUCUGUAAAGAUGCUGCUCCUACUACUGGGAAUCGUCCUACUGCACGUCGCUGCCCUGGUUCUCCUGUUUGUGUCCACAAUUGUCAGCGUAUGGACGACAGGUGAAACUAGCUCCGCAGACCUCUGGAUAAACUGCACCUCUGCCAAUGGAUUCCACUGUGACCCAGCAUCAACUGGAGAGUGGAUUCAGGCAGUCCAGGCUCUAAUGAUCCUGUCCAUCAUCUUCAGCUGCCUGUCUCUCUUCCUCUUCUUCUGCCAGCUCUUCACUUUGCAGAAGGGCGGACGCUUCUUCCUCACUGGAACCUUCCAGAUCCUUGCCAGUUUGUUUGUGAUGAGCGGCGCCAUCAUCUACACGGUGAUGAGUCCGGAGUGGGUGCCGGAGACUAACUCCUUUGGCUAUUCCUACAUCCUGGCGUGGGUGGCCUUCCCGUUGGCACUGAUCAGCGGACUCAUCUAUGUCAUCUUGAGGAAGCGAGAAUGAGCCGUCACUUCGCCCCAGUGUUCCCAGUAGACCCCCCCUGCCCAACUGCAAGUGUCACCAGUUCUCCUCUGAAGCGGAAGUUGUCGUGUCAAAGUACCAACAAUCAAAAGGAGUCACCAGGCCAACACACCCGGGCCACACCACACAAAAAGGGGGGGUGGGGGUGGGGGGGUGAUACCAACAAACAACAUGUAAACACAACACAAAAACAACCAAUACUGUCUCAUUUAAAAGAUGUAUAUAGUAUCUAUGGUUUAAACCUAUUUAUAACACUUUUUACAUAUAUGUACAUAGUUUUUGUGUUGCUCUGUCAAUGAAUACGUGUAAGAGCUUUGUUUUAGCUGAUAAAGUGCCUCAAUGUUUGUUUGUAAUGAUAUAAUUGGAUGCUAUUUUUGUGUGUUUUCUUUGCUUUUUUUUUUUUUUUCUUCAUUUGGUAACUGCCAAAGAAUCGGUAAAAAACAACAAGAGAAAACGUUUCUUGAACUAUAUUAACCAAAGUGCAUGUAUAGAAAUAGAAGGGUUGGGAAGAUUUUCGUUUGGAUAGAUUUGCUUUGCAUAAAGAGUGGAAACAUCUGCGGGGUGCAGCAUAGCAAUGAGGUAUAGAUUUUGGUCCUUUUCUAUUUUGUGAAUUUGCAAGUUUCAGUGUUUUUUUUUUUUUUUAUUUCUAUUUCUUAUUUUCAACAAAAGAUGGUGCUAUAUAUUUAUCAUUCCUAUUACUGAUAGCAAUCAUUUACAACAGAGUUAUUUUGUUAUUGUUUAGUCAGAUUGCCAUUACUUAAAGUGAGAAUCAGAGAAGGUGUACAACUGUACAUACAGUGCCUGACUGCAUAUUUAGGGAACACAGCAGAUUUUACCUUGCAGUGUUUGACUUUUUUUUUUUUUUUUUUUAUUUUACGUUCUUCAUCAGCUACUAUUAAAAAGUGGAUUUUUGAGCUUGGGGUGGUGCACUGAUGAAAUCAAAAAUCAUUUGUAAUGUCAGUAUUAUUCUUCAACUUUUGAAAGAGUUUGAUCACCGUGAAAUUACUUUACAUACGCUUUACUUUAGCUCGAGUUGCCUUUAAAUGUCCCUCAUUCUGAUGUUUGUGUUCACCCUGUGACCAUGGCUGUUAAGCGUCUAAAGAAGUCAAAUUGCUUACUUACUAGAGUACUACAAAGACAAAUAACACCAUGGGACGUCGCCUGAGGACAAAAUAGUGGAAUUCUAACAUUACUAUUAACAAACACCACUCACUUGAAGCCAUAUGAGAAAAUACCAGAAGAUAGGAAAAAUAUUUAGUAUUAACUUUAUAUGUGAGUACAAAAGACAGAGGUUUGCAGUGAUGAUACAAAUGUCUGUUUCACAUACUUGAAGUUUGACAUGCUGCAGUCUCUGCCCACUGACGUCUGUGUGUUCGUCUACUCUACUGUAUAAAACACUGUUUAUAUAUGUUGUGCAUAACAGAUGUUGAUGACAAUCUAACCCUUAAAAAAAAAAAAACAACAACACUCACUUACUCAAUAAAACUUCUCUCGCAUUAUCUAA